AUGACCGAGAAUGGCUGUUCAGAUUGGGAUGUGCCGCUAAGCUCGCUCUUUCCCCCUUCCGCCUCCAGAAAAAGGCGCCGGAUCUGUCCACAGGGAAACCCUCCUCCUCCCCCGCAUCUGUUCAGCAAACUGGUAGACGAUCUCGUCAUCGAGAUUCUGAUUCGCCUCCCCAACCCUAGAUCCCCCUGCCGCUGCAAAGCCGUCUGCAAGAGGUGGAGAUCCCUCGUCGCCGACCCCAGCUUCAAUCACCGUUUUAUUUCUCAUCACCAGACCAGGUACCAACCAGCAUCUCUGUUCAUUCCCGCACACGACCCCCAGUGCGUCCUCAGCUUUCUCCCCGUGCCUGAUGAAGCUCGACCGGGAUUGAGAGUCUUCGAUUGCUUCAAGGACUUGCUUUUGUGCGGUUUUGUUAAAUUUACUUGCGAAUUGGGCAGAUCCUACUUUGUCUGCAAUCCGUUUACCAAGCAAUGGGUCGCUCUUCCUUUGGCCCCUGAAAAACCAGUGCCUUCUGCUGGAUCGGGGGUAGGGUUAGUUUGUCAACCCCGUACUGGUAGUAGUAUGCAGCAGCUAGGAGAUGAACCAGAACCAGAACCAGAACCACCCUUUCUUUAUUCUGAGUAUCGUUUCCGCGUGGUGUGUCUUUUCCAGAAUGGGGGUAAUCAAAUACUACAGCUGUUUUGUUCCGAGUCUGGGAAAUGGACACAGGUGUUGAUUGAGAACUACGUGAAAUCGCCUAUGUCCAAUGCACUCACGUGGAACGGGAAGUUGGUUUGGGAACAGAUUGACCUCUCUAACUACAUGAAGCUUAGUCUUGCUGCAUAUGAUCCUUUCCGCCCUUAUAUACCCCCCGAAUCGGUGCAUGUACCUUAUGCAUUGUGGACUGGUUUACCCUUGGCAAAAAAAAAUUUUUCUGUCUCACAGGGUGCCUUUCACAUAAUUGUAUUCCAAGUUGAAUCUUCAAGGAAAUCCCUGAGUGUUUGGAGACUCGAAGAAGACGGUGUGCAUUGGACCCAACAAUAUGAAAUGGUGUUGAAGACGACAUCAUCAUCAUUAUGGGGUGAUUAUAAACUUGAGCAUUGCUAUGUGCUUGAUCUGCAUCCGGAGAAGCCGGAAAUUGUCUUCUUUCGAUACAAAGAAUCUUCUGCAGCAUGCAUCUUCUCCUGCAAUGUGAGGACGGGGAUGGGAGAGCCGGAGUUCAUUGCUGCAGGAUAUCUUCAUAUAUAUGACCCCUGUUGGAGAGCGCUGCAGCCAAGAGUCUCUUGCUGGCCUACUCCAAUUCCGAGGUACGAGCAGUUGCGAGGUUUGUACGAUGGAAGCUACGAUUGUUGGGUUCAGAACUGCAGUACGACAACACUUCCCUCAAUGAUUGGUAAUUACUUCGAAUUUAACUUUCUUCCUAGCCUUGGUUCUAUGACAUUGUGUCUCUUCUGCUUACUAACCUACUUCCUCACUUAA